GUCAUCCACUCAUCGCUGUCCACAACGAGAAAGUCCUUUCUCCAUGUCCCAUGUCCUCGAGCCACCUAGAAAACGCGUGAGGGUAGCGACAACGCCGUCAAACUCGAUAAAUAUAAAUGACCUACAAUCGGUCCUUAGUUCCUCGCAAAGCGUUGAGAAUCUGACGAAGAGCCUCACGACCCUACGGAAUCAACUUUCGUUAAAGCAAAGCGAGGAGAUCGUUUCUUCGAAUGACUCUAGAUUAUCAUUUGCUCAGCAAUGGCUCGGUCGUUCUCCUGUGGCUUCAGAUCUGUUCAAGCUUUGGGAAGCUGUUGAGUCUCGUCAGAAUCCUAAGUUAAACUCAAGUUCUCAUACCAUUCUGUCCCUCAUCCUCUCAGUUCUGUCAUCUCUUCUCAACCUACUCUCCACCCACUAUACAUACCACUCAUACGGCAUCCCUAUCAUCAAAACCCUCCUCUCUCCCCAAUAUGCUCGGAAGAUAAAUUCCUUCAUCAGUGGUUCGCACACCGACUUGAUUCUGUCUACCAUGAACGCGUUGAACAGCCUUUCCAACUUUGCCAGCGGAAAAGAGAGGAGAAAUGUUCUCGAAGCUCUGCACUUGGAUAGUAAGACAUUCAAUCGUUUGUUGAACAUGCGUCGCAAAGGCAAAGCAGAUUCUGUCCACCCACUUGCGCGCCCUGAUAUACGAACGUUGACUCUAUUCCUAGUUUGCUCGUUCUUGUGCUCAACGUCAGCCUUAUCAAUUAAGACAUUAUUCUUUGAUCAACAUAGCGACAAAUUCCUCUCGGUCUUCAAAGGACUCGUAUUGGAUCCAUAUGUCGUAGUCCGGAAGUUCCUGGAAACCUGCUGGGAAAGUGUUUGGUGCGACGUGAAGAUACCUAAGAAAAUCAAGGUGGGGUUGUUUGGCGAGAUAACAGUGAACCAUCUACUCAAACUCUACGGUCGAACGGGGAAUGAAGGACCUCCUUCAACCGGAGACCUCGACGAACCGCAAAUCACCGCUGACCUGGUUCACCAUUUCUUACUCGCCAUUUGUACAAGACCUGGACAAGGGAUAUGUUUUCGCGACUCCGGAUGGUAUUCGCCGUCUGAAGUCCACUCUGGAGAAGGAAAUGAGGACCAAUACCCUAUAGAGGGACACUCGGAAGAUCAUCACGGCCAUAGUGGCAGAAGAGUUUAUAACAAGAUCUUGAAAAAUGUGCUUAAGAGCUUGAAACCCAAUGAAGAUCUCCGACAACAAGAGUUGACGAUGAGGAUUUUGGGAGCUUGCCCCGAGUUAGUUGCUGGGUACUGGGCACCCGUGAAUUUGACUCUCGAACCGCGUCUUUCUUCCCGAUGGAUUGGGAACGUGGCAUUGUUCAAGGCUAUAAUAUCGCUUCCUAUACCAGAAGCGUCGUUUUUCUUGUCCACCGGUGUUGCUCGGGGAGGAGGAGGGGAGGGGUUGUACAAUCCGACCCCACCUCCGUUAGGGACGAUUAUGGAUAACAUCCUCCCCUCCGCGGUUAAUUCCAAAGCCCACUUCUCUAAAGGACUACAACCACAGUCGAUCAACCCAACUGCUACUGCUUCUGUAGCUACUAGCACGCCAAACAUGGGGCUUGUUCAGCUAUGCACUGCACAAGCUCUCUGUGCAUGCCUUUCAAAAUAUGCGCAAGUACGUGAUGUGAUGAGACAUAUUGCCGAUACUCUGGAAGAAUCGAGUGACUCCUUUUUUCUCCGAGUCGACGACGAGAGGGAGCAGGGACAGUGGAGGAAGAGGCUUGGCGAUUUGGAGAGGGAAGUUAGGAAACGAGUGCCAGAUUUUCAGGUUGUUGUCUCAUUUGUGGGACGGACUACUGAGUCUGACUCGGACUCGAUCGGAGAAAAUCAGAAUCAGAAUCAGACAAAGGCAGCCUUGUUAUCGGAAGUGGCUCAUAGGCUGUUGUGUUUAUACCAGCAAUGUUUGCCUGAAGUAACUUUGGAGGCGAGAUAUGACUUCGGGAAACUGCUGGGGAGUGUUGAUCUCAAUCUCAGUUCCGUUGUAAGUCUGGGGGGUGGUGAAGAUAUCGGAGAAGGUGGGGAUGGUAGCAGGGUAGUGGAUAAGUUACGAGGGCUGAAGCAAGUUCAUGUGCUCCGAUUGUUGACGGAGAACGAGCAGUUCAAAGCUUCCUGGAGUGGAAAGGCGGGCAACUCCAAACACACUAACCUAUACAUCCUUCUCAAAAUCGUCGCUCUCGCGGAAGCGUAUUCUGAUAUGUCAACUUCGCCUUCCCCUGCGACUCCAGUUGUCACUGUUCUUACGAAACUUCUUAAACACAUCCUCAGCGACAGCAUCAUCUUUCGACAAUCGGAGGAUGAAAUUCCAAUCUGGCUUUCUUGUCUUCCGACCCUUAUCCGAUCCGCUAAAGGAUCUGAAUCUCCGGAUGGCGCGUCUCUCACGGACGAGAUCGAAGCUGUAGUGGCUUUUGUUGACGAAUGCGUUCAGAGAUGUGUCAAGACGCCGUAUCGAUAUAUUGACGAUCUUCGGAGUUUGGAAAUAAAAGGAUCGGCGAUGGUUGUCGACACUCCCCAGGUUCUUGAGGGAGACGAAACGAGUCUUCCUAGUCCGUUACUGAUGGCCAUCCUCGAACAACUUCGUAUCAAAGUCAACCAACGGAUCCUUCCGCCGUCGGAUGUGCUUGGAAUUAUGGGGUUUGUUAAAAAGCUCUUGUUUAAGCUUUCGGUUUCUACGCCAGAAAAGUCAAUUUACGUGGUGUUGGGGGGAUUAGCGGAUAAGUUUGUGGAGAUCUUCAGUGCUGAAGGAACAUACAAGGAGUAUCCGGUAGUAUCGAGAGCGUUGGUGACUCAAGCAAAGAUGACACGAAGCUUGGUCCGAGGUGAGUCGGUUGCUGUGAACGCGGGUGAUGAGGAGUCUACCGAGUCGGUCAAGUUGUUUUUAGAUGAUGUAGAAAAGAUAUCCAUUCCGUCGUCGAAACUCGCAAAGAUGGUGGCUGCUUUUGAGCUUGUGGAUUGGAUACGACUCAUUGAUAUGCCUUUGCGAGUUGACGAUGUCCGACGAGUGGUGAAAGUUGUUAGUCGGUUACAUCCUCCGGCGUUGAAUGAACUUCUAUGGUCUUUGCCACUGGUUCACCGGCUGUUGUGGGAUGGAGUCGAUAUCCGGCAAGGUUUCGUCCCUCCUUUUGAAUUGCUCUUCCGUCAUUCGACAAAUGAAGAUUUCUCGUCACCGGAUUGUCGCGAAAAUCUUCGGUCCUGCACAUGUGUUUUCAUGAGUGGCGGAAUUCAAACCUCAACUGCUGUGUUUACUGCACCGGUUAUGUUGAUUUCCCGAGCUUUGGAAAAUGCCAAAGAUGGGGUCGUGCACCUUCUUCGUUUGCUUCAGAACCUUUUGAUCAGUUGGUCGGAAAACACGACUUCCGAGCGGUUGUAUGCGAUUAAACGGUUCGUUUUUACGGACGUUGCGGAACUUAGGGAGUGGUUUACCAAUAAUUCGGGCACGGUGACUGAGGAGGUAUACAAAGUGCUCGGGGAUAUUGUUUCAACCUCUCUCUUCCCUGCGGACGAGCAUGAUCGAAAUCUUGGAUCAGACAUGGCUGAGUAUUGGGUAAAUCUCCUAAAGAACGGAACGGUCGUUCCACAAGCUUCGCCUUUGGCCUUUGCAUGGAUUCAAUAUAUAUCCGUCGAAAAUAUGUUUGCGCUCUUCGACCUGAUUGUCUCGGGACGCGAUCUAAGUUCCAUUGGUGGAAUUUACGCGACAUUGUUGAAGGCAAAAUCUCGCCCUGGUUUCGAAGACCAGCUAAAAAAACGCAUGGAAGUCUUAGUGACCCUUUCGCCCUCGCCUUCGAAUACGAUGAGGGAGGAACUGCUGGAGAUUGGGAUGAGGGCCGCUUUACCUCUGGCUCUCGAUGGUUAUAUGCCGGUAGACCUCUCCAAUGAAGGAGAGAUAAAGAUGAUUGAAAAAGCCGAAAAUCGCUGGAAAUCCCGUGCAUCAAAGCGACUGCGAUCGCUUGAAGAUGUCGAGGUUGGUAUACACAGCAAUGUGAACAUGAUGUCCUAUAUGUUGUAUAACUCUCCCUCCUCGGCUCAUGAAGGGAUGAUUCGUGCGUGGUUGGAGAAAGAAGGAAACUCCGCCUCACUACUGGAUGUGUCGAAAGUUUGCUUUGCGUACCUGGAUGUUCGGCGAUGCCUGAAGGGAACGGGGACGGCCGGAGAGGACGACCCGGCGAUACGUUAUUUCGCUCGAUUCGUCGAAGGCUCAACGAAAGUAGAUGAGACUAUUGACGCGCGGAGAGCCUGUUCAGAGUGCGUUUCCAUACUUUUGGGAACGUCUCGGAGGGAAGGAUUGGCAGAGGAAUUUGAAGAGGUCAUAGCAAAACUCCAUCUUGCGCAUCCUAUAACAGUCGAACUCAUGGAAGUGGGGGUUAAGACAUCCUCUCGUGCUGUGAAGGAGGUUUUGAUAAACCGAGGGCUGCAAUGGAUUGUUCGAGUUCUGACGGGUGCGGGUGAAAUAGGAUCGGAAGAUAAGUGGGUGAUGGUUGAACUCGAGAACGUGCUUCAACGUGUUGAAACCAUAAAACCCCACGUCGCAGAUCCUGUUUUAAUAGCAGUGAUCCAACACAGGCUUUCGAGUAUACCGUGCCUACGCUUAUUGCAGGCUAUACUUUCGAAAGUUACAUUCAAGCCUUUGAUUGUCAACCGGCACCUUCAAACCAUCGUGCAAAGUCCUCAGUUUCACAAAGCAUGUCGUGAAGGAAAUCUUGCCCUACGUAAUGCUCUUGCAAGCCUUCUACACAUUCUGUUCCAUCUGCACCCAUCCAAUACAUGCCAAACAAGUCACGUUGAGCCUCUUCUACGCGUUUACCGCGGUACACUCUCUGUCGGUGAUCAGAAACUUCUCGAUAUUUUUCGGUUAUUUGAGAAGGAGAAAAGGCUCUCUGUUACCGCAUUACUGGCAAAAUGGUCUCCUUCCGACUCUGAUUCCAGUGGUCCUUUGGAGGCAUUGAAAAAUCUCGAUGGUGCAAUGGUCUUGAGGACAUGUCUAAGGUGGCCACAGUGGAGGAGAUACGAGGAGGACGAGAAGUUUGAUAGAGACCAGCGAGGAGGGGAGGAACUGUACGACCCUGUGUUCUUGAUUCUCUUGGGUGCACAUGCGUUCGCUUCAGACCCACCAAAAUCGGCCGUAGAUUGGGUUGAAGUUAUGAGAACGAACAUUCUCGGGUUGAUGAUCUGUGCGUUAUCCUCGAGAGACAGAAGCUUACGGAACCUUGCUGCCACUCCGAUUGCUACCGUAUGGAAAGCGCUCGAGGGUGGGGAUAUGUUGGAAAAACCCCAUGUCAUCCAUGUUCUUUCUCUCUUCAGGGAUGCCCUUGUACAUGCAACCGGCUCUUCUUCCUCUCCUUCUCUGAAUGAACAGCCACGACUUCCUUCUCACACUACUCUCUUACUUACCCAUGCCCUACGAGGUAUCUUUUAUCCAAGCAACUUCAUCUAUCCCCUCACGGCGAGAUUUCUCCUUCAACGACCACAACUGGACAUAAAUGAUCUGCCAAUGCUGUACGCGAUGCUUUAUAGUAGUAACGCCGAAGAUGGACAAUGGAAAAGGGAGCGCAUCUGGAUGCUUAAGUUUUUGGCCGAUGGCUUACGGGGAACGAUGGACUGGAAGGUGUUCAAAAGAAGGCAUACAUGGGACCUGAUCGCUAGUUUAUUUGGUGCAGAGAAGGACAGACUCACCAGGAGGGCUAUUCUUGAGGUUCUAUCCAAUUUGACAUGUAUCUCUCAAGCAACGACGUCUUUACUACUCAAGUCAAGUUUGUUAUCCUGGAUUGAGAUACAGCUGCUCGAUACUGGUGGUUGUAGCGCCGUCAAACACAAGCAGGAUCAAGAGCAGCACAGACACGAGAUUACGGCUUGGAUCAAGAUCUUCGAAAACAUUCUCAUCUUUGCAAAUCGGGACAAACUGGACGAUGUUACAAGAGGGGAGUGGCGAGUGUCCAUUGGAAGAUGUCUAGAGAGAAUUCUACAGUGGUGUAGUGAAAAUUCCGAAGUCGGUUCAGAGCAAAUACUCGCCGUCCUGCAUCUCAUUUCACGGCUGAUGCUUCGCUUAAUCGAACAAUGUCCAGAGGAUGACAAGUUAUGGACGACGGUGGGGCGACUUCUCAAACAAUGCAUAUUUCUCCUUCGGUAUGCCGAGAGAGAUGUGUUGCUAUCUUAUCACCGAUGCACUGAGGAUAUCCGACCGCUGGCGCCUCAUGGACAUUAUAGACUGUUUGAGGUAGAGAUUGACCCCAGUAUAGGAGCAGAGGCUCUUACGUAUCGAUGGUCUGGGAUAGUGGAAGAGCUUUGGCGCGUGUCUAUGUCCCUCCCGACUAAAUGUGAAUGGGACGCGUUGACAUGUCGCCUGCUCGUUUCGAGGUCCUUGAGAGCUCGAGAUAUGGUGGAUGGUAUACACUCGGCUGAGUGGGCGAGGAGAGAGGUGAUUCGGAACAUGCAUGACCACGAGACGAACCUGUUUUAGCUUGCAAUUGGUUAGUAUCCAGUCGAAUCGAUUCAUCCCUGGAUUCCAGAAAGUUGGGUUUCCGUCGCCCUAGGACUUGCACGCGUACUUUACUCUUUUCGAAUAUGGAGAAAGGAACUACACAUGUUAUUCCUCAAGGGAAGAAAGAUCAACUGUACAUGCAUAUACAUAUCUACAACUCCUGAUGCGUUGGUUCACCGCCUGGAGCUGGCCAACACAGUAUUAAGAACCUCCGAUAAUGUUGCCUCUGAAGGAUCACUAUGCGUAGGAUGAGAGCUG